AUGAUGGUGCAGCAGCGUUACCAUGGAGCAACCUUCCCAGGUGAUGCCAUCAAACCUAUGACGGAGAAUUAUGAUGGAGGAAAAGCAGUUUCUGUGCAGCCAGAUCGGAAGGACUUCUGCUUCUCCAACCUGAUUCCAUAUCCCCAGUGGACGAGGCAGGAGAUCCACUUGUCCAAGAAGCACAAGAACCCGAGGGAUCAGCAGUGUGGAAAGGGCUUUGCUUCGAAUUCAGAGCUUACUAUUCAUCACCGUAUCCACACUGGGGAGAAACCUUAUAAAUGCUUGCAGUGUGGAAAGAGCUUUGCUCGGAGUUCAUAUCUUACUGUCCAUCAGCGUAUCCACACUGGGGAGGAACCUUAUAAAUGCUUGCAGUGUGGAAAGAGCUUUGCUCGGCGUUCAAACCUUACUGUCCAUCACCGUAUCCACACUGGGCAGAAACCUUAUAAGUGCUUGCAGUGUGGAAAGAGCUUUGCUUGGCGUUCAAACCUUACUGUCCAUCACCGUAUCCACACUGGUGAGAAACCUUAUAAAUGCUUGCAGUGUGGAAAGAGAUUUGCUGAGCAUUCAAAACUUACUAUCCAUCAGCGUAUCCACACUGGGGAGAAACCUUAUAAAUGCUUGCAGUGUGGAAAGAGCUUUGCUCGGCGUUCAAACCUUAAUAUCCAUCAACGUAUCCACACUGGGGAGAAACCGUAUAAAUGCUUGCAGUGUGGAAAGAGCUUUUGUGGAAAGGGCUUUGCUUCGAGUUCAAAACUUACUAUCCAUCAGCGUAUCCACACUGGGGAGAAACCUUAUAAAUGCUUGCAGUGUGGAAAGAGCUUUGCUCAGAGUUCAUAUCUUACUGUCCAUCAGCGUAUUCACACUGGGGAGAAACCUUAUAAAUGCUUGCAGUGUGGAAAGGGUUUUGCCUCGAGUUCAAAACUUACUAUCCAUCAGCGUAUCCACACUGGGGAGAAACCUUAUAAAUGCUUGCAUUGUGGAAAGAGCUUUGCUCAGAGUUCAUGUCUUACUGUCCAU